CGCAUGUAGCGGCUCGCAUGGUUCUUCUGAAUGGAACAAUGUGACGGUCGGAAAGUGACAGCCUUAACCACUCGGGGUUAACGAUUAAACCUGGUACGGGCCGUUACCGUACAUAAGGCAUGCACACCUGCGCCCACACAGGCUGCAGCACACAUUAUAACCGAGUGCAGGAUAUGAGACAACCGUUGUGUGGCGUUCAGCUGUGCCCUCUGUUCUGCUUCUGUUUUGAGUUCUCUCGUCUCCUCUGUGGAUCUACGCGGUUUAGGAGAACCGUGGCCAGAGCGCUGGAGGAUAAGUACUUUUCCGCAGUUCAGUAACCCAAUCCGUGCUGCAGAUCUUUAAAUACUCUUCAUACAAUAACCACGUGGUGUAAGGUGAGACCUUCCCAGCCCCGGACACCGACUGGCGCGAGCUAGUCUGAGAGAACUGUCAGAGUGCGUGCAGGACUGGACUGCGUUCUUGGAUGACUUUCCGAAAAUAACAACUGGACCUAGGCUACUUCAUUUACCUUUUAAGACCAACUUUUCAAUACACUUUGGCUACCAGACGUUAUUGACCAGAUUAUGCUAUCAGGUAACAUUGACCAGAUAACAAUUUGUUUGUUUCUUUGUUUUUGAUAUCUUUUUGGAAAAUAUAUGUUUCAUUCUUCUAUCCAUCUGCCUACCUUGAGCACGCAGUGAAUGGAGAACAUACUCGAGCUUCUCCCGAAGCACCGGCAAGAGGGUACGCACGCCUGGGGGAGAACGGCGACUCACACCUGCCUUUGCAGACGCAAGAGUAGCCUAGUUGCGUCCUUGAAUCGUUUUUUUAUUACCACAUAAUUUCGCGUGCGUGACCACACCUGAGUGCCACUCACCAGCAUUUUUUAAUGGGAUAAAUUAUGUUGUGAGAUCAGGUUAUUAAAAACCGAUCAAGGGAAAUCUAAACUCAAUUAAACAUCCCACACCUUUUGGCCAUAGCCUAUAUUUCUCAUUCAGUCUACUGUCCCCAAAAGCUUCCGCAUGGUACUUUGGUCGAAAGAUCAAGACAAACCGUUGGACACUGACAUGUCAUCGGGGGCGAUAGAGAUGAAGAAGGAAGUGGUGCCACCAGCAUACCUCCACUCCAACGGCUCCGUUCACCCAGCCAUCCUCACCGAGGACCCGGGGGAGGUGAGACCUGAGGAGAGGGGCGAGUACGAGCUCACGGAGGUGACAUCCGUCGAGGACAGGUCUGGUGAACCAGGAGAUGAGGACCGGGAGAUAGUGGUGAUAGACUGUAGGGCGAAUGCCAAGGGCCAGCGCGAGGAGGACGCUCUCCUGGAGAACGCCAGCCAGAGCAAUGAGAGUGACGACAUAAGCACUGACCAGAGCCCAGAGCCACCGGCGCCAUUGAAGGAGACCUCCUUCUCUAUUGGCCUCCAGGUGGUCUUACCGUUCCUGCUGGCCGGGUUCGGGACAGUGGCGGCGGGUAUGGUGCUGGACAUCGUUCAGCACUGGACGGUGUUUACGGAGGUGACAGAGGUCUUCAUCCUGGUCCCGGCGCUGCUGGGGUUAAAGGGCAACCUGGAGAUGACAUUGGCCUCCAGACUAUCAACAGCAGCUAAUGUUGGUCAGAUGGACUCAGCCAAGGACAUGUGGAAGAUGAUCGUUGGAAACCUCGCCCUCAUCCAGGUCCAGGCCACUGUAGUAGGGUUCCUGGCAUCCAUCGCAGCAGUGAUCUUUGGCUGGAUCCCAGAGGGGAACUUUAGACUGGGACAUGCUAUCUUGCUGUGUGCCUCCAGUGUGGCUACCGCAUUCAUCGCCUCUCUGAUACUAGGGAUCAUUAUGAUCGGUGUGAUCAUUGCAGCCAGGAAGGUGGGCAUCAACCCUGACAACGUGGCCACACCCAUCGCUGCCAGUCUGGGAGACCUGAUCACCCUCUCUCUGCUGGCUGGCAUCAGCACAGGAUUGUACAAGGAGCUAGAGUUUAACGACUAUGCCAACCCGUUGGUGUGUGCUGUGUUUGUGGCAAUGACCCCUCUGUGGGUGCUGAUCGCUCGGAAGAUCCCGUCCACCAGAGAGGUGCUCUACUCAGGCUGGGAACCUGUCAUCAUCGCCAUGGCAAUCAGCAGUGUUGGGGGUCUGAUCCUAGAUAAGACUGUGUCCAACCCCAACUUUGCUGGUAUGGCUGUCUUCACUCCUGUUAUUAACGGUGUGGGAGGUAACCUGGUUGCAGUGCAGGCCAGUAGAAUCUCCACCUAUCUGCACAUGAACGGUAUCCCAAUGGGAGAGCCUGACCCCAACCCCAGAAAAUGCCCCACUCCCUGCACCUCCUUCUUUGGCUCACAUGUGAACUCUCGUUCGGCGCGGGUGCUCUUCCUCCUGGUCGCUCCAGGUCACCUGGUCUUCCUCUACACUAUCAACUCCAUGCAGGGAGGACACACCACUCUAACAUCCACAUUCAUUGCCUUUUAUAUGGCAGCAGCUCUACUGCAGGUGUUGAUCCUGUUGUACCUGGCUGACUGGAUGGUCCACUGGAUGUGGAGUAGGGGGAUGAACCCUGAUAACUUCUCUAUUCCUUACCUGACGGCCCUGGGAGAUCUUUUGGGGACCGGCUUCCUGGCCCUCUGCUUCCAUGUCCUCUGGCUCAUUGGAGACAGAGACACCGACGUGGGAGACUGAACACACACACUCCUGGACAGCAUACAUACACGGCAUCAACACCAGAACACCGGAAACAACCUGAACAACGGAACUGUACAGUAUCUCCCUUUAGACAUCUGAACCACAGAACAGCUGAAUGACUUCCAGUCCCAGACCUAACCCCUCACCCCUUUGACCCCAACCUCCUUCCCACCCCCCUCACUGGGUCUCAGACUACUCAACUCUUUCUUUAUUUGACUAAAUAAGAGAGUUCUACUACUAUUGUUUUUUAUUAUUAUUACUACAAUGAUUAUGAUUAUUAUUGGUAAUAGUGAAUUUGAUAUGAAUCUAUAUCUGCUUUAUCUUUGGGCAGAUUAAUCCUCAUUAUUUUCAAUGGGGACAUUCUCCCUUGGGCCAGUCACGUUGGCCAUAUUUGUAAAGAUGAGAUAUAUUUUAAAGACUUGGGAAGACAGACAGCAAAAAAACUCACACAAGCCUAGAAUGCUUUAUCACCAAGUGCUAUAUAUAUAUAUAUAUAAAGAGAUUAAUUAAUGAUGAGAUAAGGGGCCGAUUCCGAUCCAAGUUAAGCGCCUGUAAAUGGAAGUGAAUUCCCCUUUUAUGCACUUUUCUCUGUACGCGUAUUCUGACCUUGAAUUUAAGCACGAGAAUAGCAUGAUAUUCACCCGCUAUUCAUUCAGGGUGGAGAUCUAAGAAAUGAAGGUGUGGUGGAGGUGGAGGACACUGUAUUAUGACCUUGACUUGAUUCCACCACCUUUACGCGCGAGGAAACCAGGAGUAAGAUUGAGCGAACCUGCCGGUUCCAAGUGGAAAAAGCGUCUACUUUUUUCCAAUAGAAAUAACAGCUUUCUCCAAUAACUAUAAAUUGUAAAUUGAUAAGAGUGGAGAUAAGAGCUAGAUAAAUGAGUAAUCCAUUUGGAGAAGGGGAUUGUAAAUACACACAGCAAUUGAUUUAGAUGAUUUUUCCUUAUGAUCCGUGGAGACGAAUAUGAAACCAAACUGAAAAUCAUAUCAACAUGACAUGUAUUGUGGCCCCUUUUCCACUGUGAAGUAGGCUAUAAAUAGAUGUGCUGUUAUUCCACAGUUGUAUUGUGUGCCUGUAAUGGUCUGGGUGUAGCUGGUGCAGAGGUGUCAGGCACAGGACAGCAGAGAUGAGUAACACAAGUAACUUUACUCAAAUAUUCCAAUAACAUGACGUAAAACCAAGCCCACAAUAACGGACCGAACAUACAUAAAACAAUCACGCACAAAAACCAUGGGGAAAACAGUCAUGAACAUGUAAUUGGGGAAUUGAAACCAGGUGUGUAAAACAAAGACAAAACAAAUGGAAAAUGAAAAGUGGAUUGGCGAUGGCUAGAAGGCCGGUGACGUCGACCGCUGAACGCCGCCCGAAUAAGGAGAGGGACCGACUUCGGCGGAAGUCGUGACAGUGCCCUCAUAAUUUGCGUAGAUGAAAUUUGGAGACCCACGCUUUAGGCUUCUGUAGGGCUGAACCUGCCCAGUUGAUAUAAGCGCUUUAAAAUGUUUUAAUUAUAUGCCCUGGCUUUUCUCCAUUUUAUUUUACAAUUUGUAUCAUGUUAAAUAUUAGCCACUAUCGGGAGCCACCAUCAGUAAUACCCACAUACAUUUAUAACUGUCACUUUAGUGUUAGUUCUUCAAUUUGUACCUUACCCUUUGCAUCAUUCCAUUCUGUUUUCCUUUCCUUCCUCUGUCACGUCUGUGAAGUUGUUCCUGAGGGUAGCAUUACUGGAUCAUAUUAGGUUAAUGCUGUCCAAUAAUUAGGGACAUGUAGCCUAUUUGAAUCAUUAUGGAACUUGGACCACACGUAGCAGUUUGACCAUUGUCAUACAGUUCCAAUAUUUGUUAUUAAAUUAUUUAUUUAUUUUUAUGUUACCACUUUUUCUCCCCAACUUUGUGAUAUCCAAUUGAUAGUUACAGUCUUGUCCCAUUGCUGCAACUCCCGUACGGAGAGGCGAAGGUUGAC